CCUGUGGAAAAGUGAAGAGGAACGGAGUUGAAGAGAUGGGGGACUCCAAAGUGAAGGUGGCGGUGCGGGUCCGACCCAUGAACAGGAGAGAAAUAGAUCUGCAUACAAAAUGUGUGAUAGAUGUGGAUACAAACAAAGUUAUUCUCCAUCGUGUGAACACUAACCUUUCAAAAGGAGAUGCUAGGAGCCAACCAAAGGUGUUUGCCUAUGAUCACUGCUUCUGGUCUAUGGAUGAAGCUAACAAAGAAAAAUAUGCAGGUCAAGAUGUUGUUUUCAAGUGCCUUGGUGAAAACAUUCUCCAGAAUGCCUUUGAAGGUUACAAUGCAUGCAUUUUUGCCUAUGGACAGACUGGAUCUGGAAAAUCCUACACAAUGAUGGGCACAGCUGAUGAACCUGGAUUAAUACCUCGGCUCUGCAGCAGUCUCUUUGAAAGAGCUCAGCAAGAGGAGAGCGAAGAGCAGAGUUUUAAGGUGGAAGUGUCCUACAUGGAGAUUUAUAAUGAGAAAGUCAGAGAUCUGCUGGACCCAAAGGGGAGCCGCCAAUCUUUAAAAGUCAGAGAGCACAGUGUCUAUGGACCUUAUGUAGAUGGUCUUUCUAAACUAGCUGUUGCCAGUUACAAGGAUAUAGAGUCUUUGAUGUCUGAAGGCAAUAAAUCUCGUACAGUUGCUGCAACAAACAUGAAUGAAGAGAGCAGUCGAUCCCAUGCAGUUUUCAAGAUCAUCCUCACACACACAUUGUAUGAUGUAAAGUCAGGGACCUCUGGUGAGAAAGUGGGCAAGUUGAGCCUGGUUGACCUGGCAGGCAGUGAAAGAGCAACCAAGACGGGGGCUGCAGGUGACAGGCUGAAGGAAGGAAGCAACAUCAACAAGUCUCUCACAACUCUUGGCUUGGUCAUCUCAGCCCUCGCAGAUCAAGCUGCUGGCAAAAAUAAGAACAAAUUUGUUCCUUACCGUGACUCGGUGCUCACCUGGCUGCUCAAAGACAGCCUUGGUGGCAACAGUAAAACUGCAAUGGUUGCUACUGUCAGUCCAGCAGCAGAUAAUUACGAUGAGACACUUUCUACCCUGAGGUAUGCAGACCGGGCCAAGAACAUUGUGAACCAUGCUGUGGUCAAUGAAGAUCCCAAUGCCCGAAUCAUCCGAGAACUGAGGGAAGAGGUAGAAAAACUCAGGGAACAGCUUACCAAAGCAGAGGCUAUGAAAUCUCCAGAAUUGAAGGAACGCUUGGAAGAGUCUGAAAAACUUAUCCAGGAGAUGACAGUAACCUGGGAAGAGAAGCUCAGGAAGACGGAAGAGAUUGCACAGGAACGGCAGAAACAACUUGAAAGCCUUGGCAUCUCUCUUCAGUCAUCUGGGAUCAAAGUGGGUGAUAACAAGUGCUUUCUGGUGAAUUUGAACGCUGACCCUGCACUCAAUGAACUUUUGGUCUACUAUUUAAAGGAGCACACACUCAUUGGAUCUGAUAAUUCCCAAGAUAUACAGCUCUGUGGAUUGGGGAUUCUUCCUGAACACUGUAUAAUAGAUAUCACUGUGGAUGGACAAGUCAUGUUGACACCUCAGAAGAACACUAGGACAUUUGUGAACGGUACAGCUGUUGUAGGUCCCACACAACUGCACCACGGUGAUAGAAUUUUGUGGGGAAACAAUCACUUCUUCCGGCUGAAUUUGCCAAAAAAGAAAAAGAAAGUAGAAACAGAGGACGACGACAAAGAUAGCUCAAUGAAAGGAAGCAACAGCUCCGAACAGCUGGAUUUAGAUGGAGAUAGCUCCAGUGAGGUAUCCAGUGAGAUCAGCUUCAACUAUGAAUAUGCCCAGAUGGAGGUGACUAUGAAAGCUCUUGGUGGAAAUGAUCCAAUGCAGUCAAUUUUACAAAGUCUAGAGCAACAGCAUGAAGAAGAGAAGCGGUCGGCCCUGGAGCGGCAGAGGCUUAUGUACGAGCAUGAACUAGAACAGCUCCGAAGGCGCUUGUCUCCAGAGAAACAGCAUUUCCGCUCCAUGGACAGGUUUUCCUUCCAUUCUCCCAGCGCACAGCAACGCUUACGGCAAUGGGCAGAAGAGAGAGAAGAGAUGCUGAACCACAGCCUGCGGAAACUGAGGGAGCAGAUCAUGAAGGCCAACUUGUAUGUUAGAGAAGCCAGUUUCAUUGCAGAAGAGAUGGACAAAAGAACUGAAUACAAGGUCACUCUCCAAAUCCCAGCCUCAAGCCUUAAUGCAAACAAAAAGCGAGGUGCAGUGCUUAGUGAGCCAGCCAUUCAGGUGAGACGAAAAGGGAAAGGCAAACAAAUCUGGUCCCUGGAGAAGCUGGAGAACCGGUUGGUAGAUAUGCGAGACCUCUAUCAGGAAUGGAAGGACUGUGAGGAGGACAACCUGGUCAUGAGGUCUUAUUUCCGGCGAGCAGAUCCUUUUUAUGAUGAGGAAAAGAACCACAGUCUUAUUGGAGUGGCCAAUGUCUUUCUUGAGUCUCUCUUUUAUGAUGUAAAGCUGCAGUAUGCUGUGCCCAUCAUCAAUCAGAAAGGAGAGGUAGCAGGUCGCCUGCAUGUUGAAGUGGUACGUGUGAGUGGGGACAUCGGGGAGAGAAUUGCAGGAGGUGAUGAUGGCUUGGAGGGCUGCUUUGAGAAUGACCUGCAGGAACACAAGUUAGUGUGCAUGAUUAAAAUCCUUCAAGCUACUGGUUUGCCUCAGCAUCUCUCCAAUUUUGUGUUCUGCAAGUAUUCUUUCUGGGACCAGCGAGAACCUGUGAAGGUGGCCCCUGAAGUGGAUCCCUCUCUGUCUCCCAUCAGCAAGGAGCUACGGUGCAUGGUUGUCUUCGAUCACUGCAAUGAAUUCUCUAUCAAUAUUACUGAAGAUUUUAUGGAAUAUCUUUCUGAUGGCGCUCUAGCCAUUGAAGUAUAUGGACACAAGCAGUGUGAUUCUCGCAAAAACCCAGCACUGUGGGAUUUAGGAAUAAUUCAAGCCAAAACACGAAGCCUCCGAGACAGGUGGAGCGAGGUCACCCGCAAAGUGGAACUGUGGGUUCAGAUUCUGGAACUCAAUGAGAAUGGAGAAUACUGUCCAGUAGAAGUAGUUCCGGCAAAGGAUGUACAAACAGGUGGCAUUUUUCAGCUUAAGCAGGGACAGUCACACCGAAUCCAAGUGGAAGUGAAGUCUGUGCAAGAAUCAGGAACAUUGCCUCUCAUGGAGGAAUCCAUCUUAUCCGUAGCAGUGGGCUGUGUGCAGAUCAGACAUAUCAAGUCACCAAAAAGUCAUGAGAAUUAUCAGGAAGAAGAUGAUGACAUGGACAGUUAUCAGGACAGAGAUCUAGAGAGGCUGCGCAGGAAAUGGUUAAAUGUUCUUACAAAACGCCAGGAGUACCUUGAUCAACAACUGCAGAAACUUGUGGGAAAGCCUGACAAAUCAGAAGAUGAUGUUGAUCGAGAAGCUCAGCUGUUAGAGAUGAGGUUGACCCUCACAGAAGAGAGAAAUGCUGUAAUGGUGCCAUCUGCUGGCAGUGGGAUCCCUGGAGCACCUGCUGAGUGGACACCUGUGCCUGGUAUGGAGACACACAUUCCAGUCAUUUUCCUUGAUUUAAAUGCAGAUGACUUCAGCUCUCAGGAUAACCUUGAUGAGCCAGAAGCUGGUGGCUGGGAUGCUACUCUUAUUGGUGAAGAUGAAGAUGAAUUCUUUGAGUUACAGGUUAUAAAGCACCAUGAGAGUGAGGUGAAAGCUGAAGCUUCCUGGGAUUCCACAGUUCACAACUGUGCACAGCUUAGCAGAGGAACAGCUGCAGAGCAGAGAGUCUUCCUGAUUGUGAGAGUGACAGUACAACUCAGCCAUCCAGCAGAAAUGCAGCUUGUCCUUCGUAAGCGGAUCUGUGUCAGUGUUUAUGGCAAACAGGGUUUUGCUCAGAGUUUGCUGAGAAGAAUGUCUUAUCGGAGUUCUGUACCUGGCUGUGGAAUCACCUUUGAAAUCGUUUCAAAUAUCCCAGAGGAUGCUCAGGGGGCAGAGGAACGUGAAGCAUUAGCGACAAGGGCGGCCAAUGUUGAAGUCGCAGAUUCUGCUGCUUCAGAAGUCCAUAUAGAAAAAUACCUUCGAAGUGUGUUGGCUGUAGAGAACAUCCUGACUCUUGAUCGGUUGCGCCAGGGGGUUGCUGUGAAGGAGCAGCUAACAGGCAAGGGAAAACUUUAUCGGAAGAGUCUCAGUUCACCAAAUGUCAAUCGACUAUCUGGAAGUCGCCAAGAUCUAAAUCCAUCAUACAGCCUUGCUUCUUACAAAUGUCCCAAGGUCGUGGCAGAGAGUCGAUGGGAAAGCCAGCAAGAUAUAUCUCAGAUUUCAACAGAUUCCAGGUCCAGGACAAGUUUCUGUGGUUCUACUCAGCAAAAUGGCUCUACAGACCAAGGACUUGGUAGCCUGGCUGCCUCUUACUUGACUCCUGUGAAGUCCUUCAUGCCUCAGAUGCCAAAGCUGCUCAAAUCUCUGUUUCCAGUUAGAGAUGAAAAGAAGGGCAGGCAGACAUCUCCCCUUGCACAGCAGCAAGUCCCACAAAUUAUGGUUCAGCCUGCCAGCAUUGAUGCCAGUCCUGCAAAAGUCCAACAGGUUACCCAAGGACAUGGGAGCAAAGGGCCUUUUGAGGUGACUAUGCAGUUGACAGAGUUGGAGAAGGACCUUGAAAGAUCAACCAAAGUGCCUUUACAGCAGUCCACAGCAGACAUCCAAGCCCAAGACUCUCAGGAGGGGCCACCAAGUCCCUUGAGUGAAGCCUCCAGUGGGUACUUCUCACACAGUGUUUCUACAGCAACCCUUUCUGAAGCACUUGCACCAGGAAGUGACCCCCACCUUCAAGCCAAUAUCCAGACCUCCACCACAAACAAUGCCCCCCAAAUUUCAACAACCCCUAAGGUGUUGUCUGCAACAGAUAGUCCCAUAAAAUCAUGUUCUGAUUUAGCUUCUCAGUGUUGCCAUUCUCUUUCAAAAAGGGAUCCAGUUACCCCUGGCCUUAAAUACGAUCAAAUAGACAAGGACAAUGAGAAAGUGAGCCAUAAUGGCAACUUAAAAUCAAGAUCUGUUGUUUCUUCCAUCGCUCUAAAUGAAGAUCAGGUUUUUACCUCUCUAGUUACUGAAGAUACAGACUGCUGUUCUAUCUCUCCCACUAAGAAACAAACACAAUUGACACCAACACCUGUCACACUACCAACAGAGAGCCCUCUUUCUGUUGCAAAGGAGGCCAGGCUGGCAUCCGUUUAUGAAACAGGACCUCCAAAGUCUCAGGUUAUGGUUGACCUCUUUCCUCAGUCCAGUGCUGCAACUUCUCCAUUCAAAAUCCAAAGAGUACGAACAUCAGAACUCAAGUCCUUCUCCAGCAUGUUGAGUGGGGAAUCAGGAGCUUCUUUGUGUUCAGAGGAAGAAGAGAACAGACAGAAUUCAGAAGGAUCCAAUCAGAACAACGGCACAGAUGCUGUUUCUGAGGAGAAACUGGAUGCAGCAGCAUCUGACUCAGAAGAAGCCAAUGAAAUCCCAGACUGGCUGAAAGAAGGUGAAUAUGUAACUGUUGGUGCAAAUAAAAUGGGCACCGUAAGAUACGUUGGCCCGACAGACUUCCAAGAGGGAACCUGGGUUGGAGUCGAGUUGGAUUUGCCAUCAGGUAAAAAUGAUGGUUCAAUUGGAGGCCGGCAAUACUUCAAAUGCAAUCCAGGCUAUGGGCUCCUUGUGAAGCCAAGUCGGGUCAGAAGAGCUACAGGGGCUGCAAGGCGCCGGAGUGCUGGAAUUAAGCUACAAGGCACAACUGGGCCUGAGCACCGGCGGAGUGGCACAUUCUCGGGCUCUGCCUCCAAUUUGGCUUCUUUGACUGCUCUAGCCAAGACAGAAGGAGGAUCAGUUCCACAGCCUGAGAAGAGUAAAAAGAAUACAGAAAACAGGAAAUCAUGGGCUACUUGAGAGAGCAUCUCCCAACGGGCAAGUCAGCCUGGCUCACAACACUACUGUGUGAAGCUGACCCUUCCUUCAUUCCUUCCUCCCUCCCUCCCUCCCUCCCUCCCAGAAUGGCCUUACUUUGCACAACUAAGCCAGUUUGGAGGAGAUGGUUGGUGCGUGUCAGAGUGUAUGUGUAUUCUCAAUUUAUUUUACAGAAAUUUGUUGACCUUUGUCAUGAUGGAGUAACAUAAGACUCUUGAUGCAAAUGGUGGCCUUUCCCAGUGUGUUUUUCCAGAUCUUUCCUUCCAUUCCCCAGCCAUUCAAGGGAAGUCAUCUGUAAGAGAUGUUGGCAGAACUUAGUUUCUAGAAAGAAUGCCAAAUGCUGCUUACUAUCAAAAUGUUGUCAUUCCAAGGCUCAUCUUUAAACCACAGCAAACCAAUGAGAAUCAUAGAAUUUGGCAGAUCACAGCCUAUUGGAAAUAAUGUAUGCUUUUAAGUCUUGCUUUAUGAUCUUUGAACUGUUGUUGUUGAUAUCAGUGGGAAAAUAUUGCCCCACACUGCACUGGAAUGUGGACUUGGGACUAGCCUACAUGCAUGUUGCUUUUUUAAUCCUUAAUCCAGUCAGUGAUUAUAGUCUAAUAUAUCUAAUAUAUAGCCAGUUUGGUCUAGUGGUUAAGGCAAUGGGCUAGAAACCAGGAGCCUGGGAGUUCUAGUCCUGCCUUAGGCAUGAAAGCCGGCUGGGUGACCUUGGGCCAGUCACUCUCUCUCAGCCCAACCCACCUCACAGGGUUGUUGUUGUGGGGAAAAUAGGAGGAGGAAGGAACAUUAGGUAUGUUCACUGCCUUGAGUUAUUUAUAAAAAUAAUAAAGGCGGGAUAAAAAUUGAAUAAAUAAGUAAAUAUCUGACCUUUUCCAUUUCAAUAGGAGAGUAAAUGGGAGAAAGUUUUGCUUUUUUUUCUUCUGGUUGUUUAUUAUUAUUGUUACUAUUACUAUUAUUAUUAUCAUUUUCAGCAUUCCCUUCAGUGCUAUUGUAUUUAUAAAGUAAGCCACAGCAUUUGGUAUUCUCUGCCUUCGUUUCAAGUAACAUUAUACAAAGAGGGAAUUCAAAGCCCUAGAGGUAGGGUGGGCCUUCCUUAUGAUCUGGAUUUAACCAGUGAUAAACCUGGUUAAACUAUGCUUGUCCAUGUUACUAGUGCUGUAUAUUUAUUUGUUAUUUAUUGUUUUCUUUUUAAAAGAAGCAUAGGGAAUCCCUUGCGACUUACAAUCAACCCACUGCCUACCAUUGCACAGAAACACACACGGUUCAGGGUAAUCAGCUUCUUUCCGUAUACUCCAACUGGCUUCUUCCUAUGGAAGAAGAGGGUGAAUUCAAAAUGAAUAUAUGUUAUAUAUGUCUGCAGGAUUUUGAGGUCACAACUUGAAUGGUCUGCAUAAUUUCCAUGGCUGCAAUUGGAUCUUACCUGCAUAACUUUCAGCCAGAAAUGGCUUCUCAGUGGCUUGAAAAUCUCUUUUGGAAAAGUCCCAGCAGGGAACUAAAAAAAAAAGGGUGGGGGGUGUUUCAGGGAUAGUUUUCUUGCCCAGGUAGAAUGAGGUUCAGCUGUUUUUAAAAUGAGGGCAAUAAUCCAAGGGUGGAUCAGAUGCUUUGCCUGCGGUAGGUGAACCCAGAUUGAACCCAGGGUUACAGAUAGUGCUGAGAAAGGUCCUUGCUCAAAACUCUGGACCACCAUUGCCAAGAAGCAGUGUUACAUGGGCCAGGGAUUUGGUCCUGGGUAAUCUGGCUUCUGACGCUCCUGUGAAGGAGGUGCAGCUGAUGCAGGAAUGUCCAAAGUAGAAUGGUUAGGAACUGAGCAGAGGGAUUCUGUGGAGAAGGUUAGGCAAUGGCAGACACCCUUCAGUGAUGCCAAUGAGAAGAAAAGUCUUCUGGCUCCAGAGAGGUAGCUAGCCACCAAAAGAAAGGACAACGGAGACUAGGAAGAAGGAGAGCUGCAGGACUAUCUAAGGGCUCACUUAGCAGCAUACAAAUUCUUAUGACCCAUAUUUUUGUAUCCUCCUUCCAUACACUGCUAAUAGACUCUCUUUGCAGUGGGUGGGCUUAAGGAAAUUGAUCUCUAUUACAUCUUAAAUGACUUCCUUCUGUACUAAUCUGAUUUUCUAACUGAAGAAAACUGUUUUAGAAUUAAAACUGCAACUAAGGAAGUUGAGGAAAUUGGCAGCAAAGCCUAGCGGUAUCCAGAGAGCUUUCUUCUUCUUGCUGUCUUUGUGUAUAUGGAAUUGGAAUAUUUUAUAGUUGCAUAGCAUUUACAUGAUUUCAGGUGGUCUUUCAUUCCAACAGAGGAAAAAUCAAAAUUUUUGAAACCUUAGGGCCUUGGUGCUGGUCCAGGCAGAAUGAAAUACAUUGAAGCCUUGUUGAAAUCAAUACACUAAUGAUGUCCUCAGACUUCUGCCCUCCUUCAGGACUGCUUUAUUGGGUAGGUGAAAAACACUAGAACAAUGGUUAAGCGUAGCCCUGCUUAACUACAACUGGGAUGGCUAUUUUCUGUUUAACUGCCUACUGUUGUAUUUUCCUAUUUUCCUAUUUUUGCAAGUCUUUUACAUGCACUUUAUCCUAAAGGAAAACAGAGCUAGUCUCAGAGGGAAUUUUGGCAGGCUGUGGGCAAUUCAGAGUUCCUUUAGACCAGUGAUUUUCAAACGUUUUCAGUCCAUACUGUAGAACCUGUUAGUUAAAAAAAAAUUAAAAAUCCAGGAUCCCUAUCAAGAGACAAAGCUCCAGUGAUAGAAAACUGGCUGCAUGUGAGUGAACCUUUUUUAAAAAAUCUUUUUGCCCUUAGCCUCUCACGGAACCCUGUCAAGUUUUCAUGGAACCCUAGGCUUCCAUGGAAUCAGUUUGAACAACCUUGCUUUAGAUACUUGUAGGUUUUGGUUCCCUAUAGUCUAUCUCACCUGCUCUCUCUCCAUCCCCAGUGCCGAAUCACAAACCACUUCUUCUCCCAACAACUUAAUCUAUAUUUUAUUCAGCAAUCAAGGCACACUAUCUAUAAUGCAGAAUAGCUUUCAAGAAUUAUUUGAAAGAAUAGUGAAGAAAGAGGAAACAAUCAAGAGAGUGUUGAUUUAAAAGCCAUGCUGAGAGGGUAAAGAGAUGGUUUCCUGGACUGGAAGUGUGAUCUUUAUAAUAAGACGUAGCCUUCUUUUCCAAUAGUGAGAUUCUUCUCUCCCUCAGUUCCCCUUCCCCCAAUUAAAACCUAUUUCUGUUCUUAAAGCAAAUGGAGCAGGGAUGAAUUUUGUGGAAUAAGCUGAAGAGUUCUCCCCAGAUUGAGUAAUGACGAAGUUCUGUUAACAAAGGUGAUUCCUGUGCACUCUGGUUUCCAAAUGAAUUUUGAAAUACUGCUUACGUUAUGCUAGUACUGCUUAGAAAAGAACAUUCGUUUUGCUUCUGUCCAUUAAGUUCUAAAACAAAAGCUUUCUCCUUCUGAAGUGCUCUACUGAAACCACCAUCCCAGAUUUCUCUGUAACUAAGUCUGUCUUAACCAUUAAAAUAUUUCAGAAUAUUCUGAGCAAUGGAAAGAGUUACCUAAUUGAUUUACUACUGUAUACCUUUUGCACAUGACUGGCAUCAAACAACCCUAAGCCAAGACUUUUUAUGAUGGUUGUGAUAGGCAUCUGUGACACUGCUUUGCAAAAAAAUGACACGUAAUCCCAAUCGCUACAGCUGUUUUCAUUUUAACCAGGCCACACCAUGGUGCCUUACUUCAAAAGCUGGUUGUCCAUUACCCCUCCCACAUUCCUACUGCUUCCCUCACUUCUCAUGGCAAUUGAUUUCAUAUAGCAAGCUCAUUUUUUCAGUGGGUAUGGUUCAGUUCUCCAUUCUGAAUUCUGAGUUGCCAUCACCUUCAUUUGUCAAAUAUUUGUACCUUUGGGGAAAAGAUUUGAAAGACUGGAAAUUGGUGAAACAGCAUAUGAUGAGCAUGUACACCAUAGAGCCUUCAUAAAGGGGCUGUGAUACUUCAACCAGUCUGUAAAAUGUCAGAGCCAGAGACUGACCAUAUCAUGUGCUGGGCAACAUUAGUCUGCCAGCCUUGUUGUUGGAACAGUUCCUUCUGGUGAAACUAGGAUAAUGGCUCUGUUUGGAAAUUGCCCUGACAAUGUACUGUACAAAUACUUGAGAUAGUCAGUAUGGGAUUGUAGCUUAAAUGUUCAAUUUAGGAUCUAAGUUCAAACUCCCACUUAACCCCAAUGUAUACUGGGUGGCAUUGGAAACCUCUAUCUGAUCUUUACCUAACAGAAUGGUUGUCACUUUGUUUAAGGCAGGAUGGAAUUUAAAUAAAUCAAUGAAAAUAUAUAUAUAUCGUUCUCUUUUACGUUAAGACUUCCUUUUAUAUUAGCACACACUCUUUUGAUAAUUGGUGCUGAUUAAUGUGUUUUCUUAUUAUUGCAUCCAUUAAUUUGGCACCCUUACAUGAUAGGCAAUGUUUAAUAAUGACAAUUGGCACUCGGUGGAAUGUAGGACCCCUGCAUGAUUCUAAGGAAUAAUCCUAUCUGUAGGCUCUGCUUUAAAAUUGGGAGUAAACAGUCUUCAUGGCACAUGCAGUAUCUCUUUUUACACAGUUCUUAAACAGUUCCUUUUCAGUGUCACAACUGCCUUGACUGUCUUUUGGGCAGAGAAGUGGGAUAAAAUUAAACUAAUAAUAAUAAUUUGUAUCAGCAUUUUAAAGAGAUUUUUAGUGAGAUGAGGCCAAAAGCCACAUGGAACUCUUUUAUUUCAACAUGACAGUAUUCACAGGACCUCUCAUGACUGUCAGCACUGGGCAUCUAACCUGGCUUAAGUUAAGGUAUCCAGAAAGCCCUACGAGCAGAAGAUGAGCUGAACUUUGGAGAGGGGGUUCACCUUCCAAGUGAGUCUACCCACUAGGCUAGCAAAAGCAUUUCAUUGCCUGGACACUAACCUCCUGUUUUUAAGCAGCUUUUUCUCAAUUGUCUUUUCUGUUGAUUUGUCAUUUUGUAAAUGUUGGAAGCCCGUAUAUAAAGAACAUACAUUUAGACUGGUUUUCAGAAGUAUUGUUGGUUGUACCUUUUUAAAAUAGGCUAAAAUCCAAAGAUUCUUGUAAUGAAGUGUAAAGUUUGUAAUGCUCUCUUGUAUUAUAUACUAAACUUGUAAUGUUGUAUCAUAUCUGUGACAAAUGUUAUCUAAAUAAAAUACUUGCCUUCUGUCAA